AUGUACAAUUUUAUAAAAACUUUAUUUGGAAUACCUUCAAAUGACACUAAUCAAGAACCUAGAACCACUGUUGUUUUAAAUGAAAAUAAUUAUGAAAAUGAUAGACCAAGUGAGAGGUAUAUUGAUAAUAAAGAUGAAGAUAAUGAAAGAAAUAUUUUUAGGCAUUUUGAUACUAAUAUGAGAGUGUUUGGUCCGACAAUAUUUGGUGAUCCAGGAGAAAUACAUAAAUAUUUAGAUGGAUUAUUCGAUGAAAUGCAAAAAAAAAUUGAUUUAUUCGGAUUUAAUAGUCAAAACAGUAUCAUUUGGGAUGAUCAAAGUAAUAAUUUUUUUUCAUCAAGUUCUCAUGAGAAUCCACAAAGUGAAACAAAAUCUCUUCGUGAUUCAUUUUUGAAAUCGGACCACAAUACAAACAUUAGGAAAAGGGAUAUAAACUUAGAUAGUAAUUUAAUGGCUGAGGAAUUUGAUAAUAUUUUUAAUAGUAGAUCAGAUAUGUCUCAAAACAUUAGUUCAAUUGUUACAACACCUCAAAAUUCAUAUUCAAAAUCUGUGUAUAUUAGGACAAUUAGGCAUCCGGAUGGGGUCGAUAACACUGGAAAUGAAGAAACUACAAUUACUCAUGAUAACAAUAGUCCAUACAACAAGUCUCCUAAUGAUUAUCCACUAUCCACCAGUGAUGAUGCUUCAAGCAUUUUUAGAAAAUUCUUCCCUUUUUAA